AUGUCUAAGCAAGUCGAUAAAGCUACUCAGUUUGGCAAACGUCACCGAACGGUCUUGAAACUAAUUCUUUUCUCAAUCCUUGGUGCAGGUAACAUAAUAGAAUUUUUUCAAUAUCCACCUAUAAAAAGAACAUUCUUACACUGAACUUUUUAUUGUAGUAUUUGUUAUUUAAUUUUUGUUUCACAUUUACCCUGAUAUAAAUGUAAAGCCAUUAUAAUUUGUUGCAUGCUUCUCACAAAUGUCACGGCGCAAUGUAACAUACAUGCCUAGUGGUUCUAGCCAUAGAUUAUGUGUAAUUGUCCCAAACAGUAUUUCUGAAAAAACGCUAUUAUACUGUGCAGCAAUGAUACAGAAAAGCUUAAGAUUAAAGAAAAAGACAAUUGUGGGAAUGGUGCUCUGGAAUAGAUGAUUCAAAACAGAUAAUGUAGUUAAUUUUACAGGAAAUUGGGAAUUCCAAAAUAAAAAUUGCAAAGAGCUUAACAGACCUUCUUCGGCCUUUCUUGGCUAUGCCCAUGAUUGUGUUUUUUGUAUAUCUUUCUGCUUCCUAAGUACAUUUUGUUACCAUUUCUUCAAAUGGCCAACAUUCUUAAUUGGCCCUUUGUGGUCAAAGUUACUGUCUACAACAACAAAUUCACGGUUCAUCUCCUUACUUUAACAUCUCUCCUCCCCAACAAAGUCAGUUUGCAAAACACAACGUAAUUCCAUCUCCAAUGGCAUAUUUACAUUUUAAAUCCCCUUUAGGUUUAGUCUUAAUGCCCCUUUUCCAGUUGAAAUAGUUAGAAAACUAUUUUUAAAAUGUUAUUUUCAGCAGUUAUAAUCUAAACGUGUAAUUCAUGACUAAUAAUCCACUCAUUCCGAUUUUCACAGGUUUUUUGGCCUUCUUGAUCGCCGCCUGUAUAUUGAAUUUCCAGCGAGCUUUGGCCCUGCUUGUUAUUACGUGUGUAGUGUUUUUCUUCGUCUGUUAUGACCUGCUUAAGAAACUCCUUGGAGAGAAGAUUGCGAAAUUUCUAAGUCCACUCGCGAAAUUUUUUAAAAAGCAUAGAAGAUGGAUAAAGUGGUAAGUGCAGCUUACAUUUGGUUCUAGUUUUAGAUGUAUUUAACAUUCGUCGUAAAGUUUGUCUGUUGUUGAGCGUGUGAAUUUUAGUCUGCACAAUGCUUGUUGAGCCUAGAACGUAGGGUAGCAAAAUUGGUCACAGGAACAGCACUCACUCCCAGCGGCCACAGAUGCUCCGGAACAGGACCAGCAAUCCCAACACACGCUUAGAAAGUAGGGUAGCACCAGCAGCCAAAAACCCAGCCAAUUUGGAUACCAAACUGCAUCCCCACACUUUGUUUUAUAGUAUGAGAUAUUAUUCAUGCUUACUGCCUUUUUAGGCUACUGCCUUUUUAGUUUCGCCUACACUCUAUUCAUAUCUCAUUCAACUAAAAUAGCUCAACCAUAUUGAGUGACAAGUCAAUAAAAUAGCCAUACAUACAUUACCCAAUACCCAGCCUUUUCAUAUUCCAAGACGUAUUUUAUAAGAUCCCUACACCAACAUCAAUGCAUAGAGAGGACCAGAAACCAAUGAUGGCUAAAUGCAUAUAUGGUUAAAAGGCUCCAGCAUAGCUACUACCAGGAGGAACUCAGUGGAACAUCAUGCAUACAUAUAUUACUUUAUUUUUCACUUUAAUAAAUAUAUCUGGACUUCGUAUCUAAAGUCACAGUUACAGUAUUUAGAAUCUAGAAUUUUAUCGAUAUACAUCUUGCGGUAUCAUCUCGGUAUUUAUUACUGUUGAUCGUAUUAAACUUCUUUCUCAGUAAAGUUUAGAAAUAUCUGUUAGUGUUCCAGGAAUAGCGUUAGUUAAUAGCGUCUAUUUGUGUGUUUCUUUUUCAUUGAUUUCUUUGUAUCCUUCCAGGAUUUUCUCGUUGUUAGUUCUUGCUGGACUCAUCGCUUGGUUGGUGUUGGACACGUCCAAAAGACCAGAACAACUCAUAUCAUUUGCUGGAGUCUGCAUGUUCGUCAUCCUCCUGUUUAUUGUAUCCAAACACCACCGCGCAGUAAGUGAAUAAAUGUAAAUAUAAAAUGAAUAAGAAGCUAUGGAUGUUUUAUUGCAAAAUAACUUGCUACCUCUCACUGUAUAAUAAUAAUGUUAUUGUGUCCUGAAGUUGUUUUUUUUUUUUUUUAAAUGAUUCCUUUUACUAGAGUACAGCUUAAAGAUACUGUUCAACUAACACAUUAGAUGAUUACCCCAUGUGUGCUAAAGGAUGUUCUACUCACCUUUAUAGCCCUUGCUGCACCUGUCUCUUUGCUCUCAUCCCAGCCAAUCCAAUGUUUCUCCAUAGGGAAGCACUGGGAGGCUAUUGCGCACGCACUGCAAAUCGCUGCUCUGUACCAAUCAGCUUCUCCCUAUGGAUAUUGUAGCGGAGAUCUAGUAUUCCACAAGUUAUCCCCGCUUAAGAUCCCAGUGAGGCUCAGGAACAAGUAUUUAUAAAUCCAUAAGGCAAGGUUUCCAGCAGGUAAAAUAAUAUAGCAAUAUCCCAACAGCGAUCCUAAUGACUGGACGACACACAGCAUCAGGAGCAGAACUAAACUUUUAUUCACACAGUGGCCUUAUAAAGCAUGCUCCCAUGCAAGGGAGGGAUUUACAGUAGUUACUACAGUGUCCAAUCAUACUCGAGUAACCUCCCACACAUCUCCUGCCCUUAGCCUGACUCAUAAUCCCCUUAUACAGUACACAAAUUCCCCCAGUUUCUGGAUGUACCCCUAAACUUAGGGGUACCCAGGGCCGGACUGGCCCACCGGGAUACCGGGAAAUUUCCCGGUGGGCCGCGGCAUCUGGGGGCCGGCUGGGUUCCUGGAGCGCCAGCAUGCUGCAGCUGCUUGGCUCUGUGAAGGAAGCGGUCAGGCGACUGCAGCACUAUAGCGUGGCGAGCUGCACUCGAGGGGGAAUAAGAAGAGGAGGGGAAUAAGAUGAGGGAGGGAGAUAAGAUGAGGGAGGGGAAUAGAAUGAGGAGGAAUAAAGAGGGAAUAGAAGAGGGAGGGAGGGAAUAAGAAAGAGGGAGGAGGAUAAGAAGAGGGAGGGAAUAAAAGGGGAAUAAGAAGAGGGGAAUAAGAUGAGGGAGGGGAAUAAGAAGAGGGAGGGCGGGGAAUAAGAAGAGGGGAGGGGGGGAAUAAGAAGAGGGGAGGGAGGGAUAAGAAGAGGGGAGGGAGGGAAUAAAAAGAGGGGAGGGUAGGAAUAAGAUGAGGGGAGGGGGGAAUAAGAAGAGGGGAGGGAGGGGAAUAAGAAGAGGGGAGGGAGGGAAUAAGAUAGGGGGGGGAAUAAGAAGAGGGGAGGGGGGGAAUAAGAAGAAGGGGCAGCUCUAUAGGACAGGGGCCAAGACAGGGAGCUCUUUCACACUACGCGCGCGCGCGCACACACACACAAUACAUCCCUAUACAUACACAGAAACACAACAUGCUUCCCUUACACACAGAGAAACACACAAUGCAUCCAUUACACACACACACACAAUGCAACCCUUACACACAAAGACAAUGCAUCCUUUGCACACAUACACAAAAACAGACAAUGCAAACCCGUACACACGCAUGCAAACACACACACUUCUUUUCUUACAUACACACAGAAACACAAUGCAUCUCAUGCACACACAUACAGACACACACCUUGCAUCCCUUAUGCAUACAAACACAGAUUCACACAAUGCAUCCCUUACACACAACCAGAAACACAUAAUACAUCCCUUAUACACAAAUACACACUGCUUCCACUACACACAAACACACUGCAUCACCUGCACAAACUGGUAACCCUAUACACUACAUACCAUAAGCACACAUAUUAGAUCCUCUACAAUAACACAUAACACAUCCCCUACACACUCCACUCCCUGUGAGCGAACUCAUGGGUGGGUGGAAUUUAUGAGUGGGCCUUAUGGGCAUACUCACCGUCAGGCCCUGGGGCCCAGACCUUGAGCUGUGUAAGGGGCCCCAAAAAAUGGAGCUGCUUCCAAUUCUCCCAGAACAUUGAAUUUUGUGACCACAAUUGCAAACAGCCUCCAGAGAUCCUGUUCUACACCAGACCAGUGGAGCCAAACUGCAGCCCAUCAUCAUCCUCAUCUGCUUGUAAGUAGGCAAUCUAUUAUAUUAUUAGUGACACUAAUCUAUAAUUUACCUCACAUUAAAGGGACACUAUAGCUUAAUGAAGUGGUUCUGGUGUCUACAGCUGGUCCCUGCAGGCUUUUUAAUGUAAACACACACUGUGUGCAGCACUGUCGUUAGUUCAUAUGGCAGAUCAUAUGGGUGGGGCAUUGUGAUGUGACAUGUGGGGGCAGCAAAUUUUUAUUUUGUCUAGGGCGGCAAAAAUCCUUGCACCGGCUCUGAUCCUGGGCAGGUGCACCAGUCUACUUGACUGGUUUUGCCCCCCAGGCCUAAGGCUGCCAGCCCUCCCCUGGCUGCUGGGGAGGUCUUUUGGCGGCCGCUGGCGGACUUGUCCUGGCGGCCGCUGAGGGAGCUGCGCGAGCUGCGCUGGCUCUGCUCCCCAGCACGCAGCUGAAUGAGACCGGCGCCGGAAUAUGACGUCAUAUUCCGGCGCCAGUCUCAUUCAGCAGCGCGGGAGGGCACUAACACAGGAAGCACCUCUAGUGACCGCCUGAGUGACUGUCACUAGCAGUGUCACUUUGAAGCAAUGUAAACACUGCCUUUUGUCUGAAAAGUCAGUGUUUACGUUGAAAAGCCUGUAGGGACAUGCUAUAGACACCAGUACCACCACAUUAAGCUGUGUGUGUGCGUCUGCUAGUGAGUGAGCUUGCUUGCAUGCGUGUGCCUGCUAGUGAGUGAGCUUGUGUUUUUAUGUCAAUGAGCUGAUGUAUAUCAGUAAGAUUGUUUGUCUAUGAGGCUGUGUAUCAAUGAGCUUGUGUGUGUCACUGAAAUGUCAGUGAAAUUGCCUGUGUCUGCAUGUGCGUAUGCUUACUGUAUAAUUAAACGUUUUACCCUGAAAGGACCAAUAUUUUAUAUUAGAAAAAGCAAUAUAUAUAUAUAUAUAUAUAUAUAUAUAUAUAAUUACUCAAUCAUCUGUCCUGGCAAGACAUAGCCUUACAUAUUACACGCGACAAUAUAUGGCGCAGUGACUUAUGGGGCUGGCACAAAUUUUUUUUCCAGGGCUGCUUUGUAUCCCCAGUCUGGCCCUGGGGGUACCCCUUUAAAGGUCACAUCCCCUGGUAGCCCUGAUCUGGGUGAGGAACAUAUCCAAAAAUCACCCAGAUCGGACCAGGGGUUCGGGAAAUCUGUGGAGGUAAUAAAAAGACCGACCAUGCUGGAGAGAACAGCCGAAAUUGGUUCCAUGAGAUGGGGCCCUGCGGUCGGUCACAGUACAAGGGAACAAACUACACGAAUUGCUAGUGUUACAGAGAUCAGGGAGGGUUCGCAUGAAUCCCCUUGUUCGGUUGUUUCUUUCUACCGAACGGGGGGUCAUUCGGUAGUUUGGAAGCGAAUACAAGGUUAGUGUGGAGGUCUCAAGGGUGUUCGCCUAGUCGAGUGUCCGAUUGUUCAGGAGUUUUAAAAUGGCCGCCGCCACGUGUUCGUUUCCCGAAUGGCGGCCACCCCGAGAACAAAGGACCCACUGCACAGAUUGUCAAUUACCGGUUCGCAACAUUGUUGCAACUGGUAAUUGAAGGCACACAUCACACUGGGGAGGUCUGACUGUUCGGUAGUUUCAUUCCCAUAAUUGCUAGAAUGAUUCUACCGAACAAUCAGUUGAAUACUGCAUACAUUUCCACAUAUAACAUUGCAAUUUAACCGGACAUUAAAAUACAUGAAAUUUCCAGGAUAGCCCAUCAUCUCCAUGCUUUGCAAUAUUUGCAAGACUGAAUAUAGGAAGUCCCUCUAGUGGCUGUCGGAGUAAAUUAAUAUUUAAAAUGAGAGUUUUCAGAUUCUUACAAAAAAUUGUGGAAUUUUGGUUCGCUAAUUUCUAUUUGGAAAUUAUUGAGUCAGCCUAUCUAGUGGAUUCCUCCUUAAUUAUAGUUCAUUCACAAUUGUUAACAAGACAUGUCUUCUUUAAACAAUAACCAAAAGAGCAAUUUGGGCAUCCAACAUACCUAAGCUUUAAAUUGUAUUCAUAGGCAUAAAAUACAAAUGUCAGUAGAAACUUGAACACAUUUCAGCUCAUUCAUUUAUUUUAUUCCCUUCUAUUUACGUUAUUCACAUUCUCAUUUUGUUUCAGUAGCAUCUGACUGUCCACUACCACUAACCAUUUUAGGAUUUGUAUGUUUUGUACUGAGGACAGGUCACCAUUAGAUUUGAUUCAUUUUGGCCAAACCAUUUUUUCAAACCUUCAACACUCGUUCAUUCGACGUUAGGCUCGUCUGAAUAUGGUUCAUGAAAACAUAUUGGGGAAAAUUAUUUGGAUUGGCCAAUUAGUAUACUGCAACAUAUAUACAUAAUGUUACUAUUGUCUUGUAUUGUCUUUUGGUUCACAGAUAAAGUGAGAAAAAGUUAGAGGGAAAAUGAGAAGGAGCAGUAAAGUAAUCUAUAUUUAUAUAAUAGAUACAUUUAUUAAAUACAUAAGAGAUAAAUAUAUAUAUUGUUACUCUCCCCCCCCUCUAUUGGUCACCUCUAACUUAAUCUGUGAAUAAAAUCAAGAUUUAGUGGCUGUCCUGUCCCCUAGCUAUCCUACAGCCUUUUUUUUUUUUUUUUAACUCCGAAUCUCGAAGAAAACAUGCUUGUCCUUUGCUCUAGUCUUUGGUAAGUUACACAUCUGUAUGUUUCAAAGAUAAGCCUAAAUUCACACAAAUUGCAAUUCGACAGAAUCCAAAUGCACGAGGCUAGUCACCAUGAUUGGACACACUUUUUAGAAACCCAUUUACCCAUAUUACCGUUAACGGUACAAGAUUUGAAUAGAAAUUUACGCUUUUAUAAAUCAACCUGAUUACACCUCCUGGUUGUCAAUCAGACAACAGGUCAUGUUACUUCCUGGUUUGCUUAGCUCAGUGAAGCUAAACUUAAGAGGCAGCAAUUGCCCAGAGCACCUGCCUUGCAAAGAUUACUUAUUGAGCAGCAUUCAGAAGUCUGUUAUUGGACAGAUACAGAAGGUCUGGGCGGGGAUAGAAGGGCGAGGAGCUUGCAAAGUCAGCAGGCAUCAACCAUCACUCCUUGGUAUCAUAGAAACUAACAAAUACAUAAGGUGUUAAAAUCCAAGGUUGCCAUCUGUACUCUGAAAACCUGCUCUGUCUGUUUUUUUUUUUGUUAUACUUUCUUUAGAGUAUCAUUGUACAUUUAACUUUAGCCCUGUAGACUUUAACAACGCUCAGUUAAUACAUUAUGACAAUCAUUUAUCAGUAAGCAUGGCCUUCCCAUUCUAAUUUAUCAACACAGCAGGUGUGUGCUUUUCUCUACCGAUGGGUCUCAGUUAAUAGCUCCAAUUAUACUGUACGAUGCCUCCAUUCUCUGCCUGAGACAUGCUUUCAUUUACAGGAGAUCUUUUGGUGUCUGUGAGCCUUUAUUCUAUAUUCAGGCAACUGAUAUAUCAGAUCAGCCUAUGCAAUCUAAAAUCAACCACAGUGUUUCAGGUUACAGAUCUGACAGGGCAAAAAUAAUUUCACAGCUUUUUAUUUAUUUGCCUUUAUUUGCCAUUUAUUACAUAUUUUAAUCCAGAAAGGUGAGAUUUGUUCAUUUUCUUUCUAGGUAUCCUGGCGGGCAGUAUUCUGGGGUAUUGGACUUGAAUUUGCUUUGGGUCUCUUCAUCAUACGUACUGAACCAGGGUACCAAGCCUUCAAGUUCCUUGGAGAACAAAUUCAGGUAGAAUCCCAGUAGAAUCUACCAGUGUUGCAAUUCCUCUGACAUAUCUCAAUCAUUAAGGGCACUCAUACAACUAUUUAAAAUUGUAGUAUAUGAAAGUAUAUGUAUUACCAAUUGAACACAAUCUGUUUGAAGAUAUUAUAUAAUGCAGUGGUCAUUAUCUUAGUCCAUGAGGCAGGGAUAAUGUGCCUAAUAUCACCUAAUGAUCUAGCUCAGAUAGGUUAUAGGCUCUGCAUGGUUAUUGGUAAAUGUGUCUAGAUUCUCAGCUCAUUGUAGAUAGUGGUGAUUGUUGAAAAAAAGGAUGAUGGAUUAUAUAUUUGGUCAAAUAAUGAUUUAAGGAAUGAUUCACGAUUUAACUCCAGUAAGAUACAUCAGAGAAAUUAUACUAGAGCCAUCAGCUGUGACCGUCCAGGUCUUUUUGUUACUUUUUCAGCAAAGUAAGUGCAAGAAGGAAAAAAUCUGGAAUCGUUAACAAAAAUCUUAGUUUCUAAAUACCAGAAGAAAAUCCAACAGUGAUCAACCUAGGUAUUCACUAAGGUUAACUUAUUGGUUAGGUCCAUGGGAAUGGAUCAGGAUUCCAAAAUUACUGAAACAAGAUGAAUUAAAUCCAAAAUGCUGGUUAUUUUCCAUUGAUCUUCGAGUGAUUGUUAGUUUGUGUAGCUUAUCGUUCAGAGGUUGACCACGAGCCUCGAACGUCGUGUUAGAAGCUGUUGAUCCACACAUUUCUGAUAAAAACAAAGUCAAAAGUUUGGAUGGAAAAAUAGUAACUUAGAACUUUCUCGUGUCUACAGAUUUUCCUGAACUACACCACUGCUGGCUCACAGUUUGUAUUUGGAGAAGAGCUUAUUAAGAACGUGUUUGCUUUUCAGGUUGGUAUAAAUACAUAUACCAAUAAAUGCUGGGAUAUGAGGUGACAAUUCUUCCCAAGUGUUUACUAGUUGUGGUGUUUUGUCGGAUUCUACUUAAUGCCAACAGUGUAUUGUUACAGUUACAUAGCAGCUCAAAUCCUUCAAAGAUUACUUUUCAUGCAUCUGUUCAGCUGUCUGUCAAAGAUGGUGAAGAAUCUGAAAUUGUCUCCAAAAAAUAUCACUGACUCUAUACUGUCAGUCAUUUUCCUCUUGGAUAAAAAAAGCUGAUAUUGUUUUAUUGAUCUUCUUUUGUUCAAUAUAUGCUUUAUUCAUGGGAAGUGUUUCAAACUAUGACUGGGGACUAAUUGUAGCAAAGAGGGGUUUCAGUUUCUCUUCUGGUUUAGAGUAUUUUCUUUUAACAAGGAGCCUCCAGAAGAGAAGACUACAACAGUCCAUAAAAGACUGGAUUUUUUGUAUCUUUGCGCACUUGUAUUCUUAACGCUUUAGUGUACCUUUAAAGACCCACUGAUGUAGCAUGGGAACCCAAUCUUGGAUCCUGAACCAUAGGUUAUAUACCUGAGCUUGUUUGUAAUAUAAUCUAAUAUAUCCAUAUUAGUAUAAUUAAACAUCUUUGUAAUAUUAAAUGAUCUAUGACAUUUUUAGUAUCUCUUCUUUCGCAGGCUCUUCCUAUUGUGGUCUUCUUCAGCUGUGUGAUGUCCGUUCUCUACUACAUAGGGAUCAUGCAGUAUGUCAUUGUUAAGGUAUGCUGUAGCUUUAACAGCAAAUUGAUAUAUCAUAUUUUAAUCUGCUACAUGCUUCCGUUAUAUGUUUCACCAAUUAGACUUGCAUAGUAAUGCUAUCUAUCAAAUGAAAAAUUAUUACGUUUAGAACUCAAAGAGAAAAAAUAUUAUUUGCCACCAGCAAGUUUCUCUCUUAUAGUUACGAAUUUGGUGUAAGAGGAAGCUGCCAAAUUUAGACCAAAAUAUUGUGAUGGGAAAAAAAAACCUUCAGUUUGCUAACAAAAGCCCUUUUUCCAACUCCGAUAUUUUGGUCCUUGUCGGUAUCUUGCCAUGCAUUCAUUUUUUCACGUAAAUAAUUUUGUUUCGGUUUAUUUAGAGUAUCAGCCAUUUGUGCCUCCUGCCUUGAUGAAUUAUACUUGUAUUAAGGUAAAUUAUCUUGCUUUGAUCUUCCAGAUUUCUUGGCUGAUGCAGGUUACGAUGGGAACCACUGCUACAGAAACAUUGAGUGUUGCUGGGAAUAUUUUCGUGGGACAGGUAAUUGGGGCAUGACCCUAUUGUACAGCUCUGCUGUACAUGUUGGCACUAUAUAAAUCAUUGUAAUUAACCCAAUGAAAAAGAAAACCAUUGGAUUCUAACAAAACACGAUGAUAUAGUGGAGCAGCAGGUGAUGAGUGCCCUGGCCCAAGAAGCUUACAAUCUAAAGGAUUAUAUGUACAUACGUAGGUCUUUUCCUAUGGGUAUGCAGGAGGGCAGCAUGCUAUGGAGAUGUGAUCUAGAACAAUAUUGCAUUUGUAGAACAUCAAUUGUUAUAGACAAAGUUUAAACUCACAUGACUGAUGAUAUUUCUUUGGAGCCUGGUUUUAAAUUCUAACACAUACAAAGAUUUUGAGCUCCUAGAAGGUGUGAUCAAUUUUACAAAAUAGAAACAUUUGGAGGAUCCAAAUAAUUUCUUUCAAUAGCCCCCUCUCAUCCAGCUUCACCUGACAGUAUACCCUGUGAAUUACAAGGGAAUUAUUAGUGAAGCUAGAAUCCCGGAUUUCUGUUUAUCUGUAUGUAUGUUGUGUAUGUAUGUAUGUAUGUAUGUAUGUACAUGUGUGUACACGUCAUGUGUUACAAAGGAAAUGUUUGUUUUUUUCAGACUGAAGCUCCACUCCUUAUCCGUCCUUAUCUGCCACAAAUGACUAAAUCUGAAAUCCAUGCUGUGAUGACAGGGGGCUUUGCAACCAUUGCUGGAAGUGUGAUGGGAGCCUACAUCUCCUUUGGGGUACGAUGCUCUCUAAGCGAUUUUUUAAACAUUCUGUUACUGUUAUUUUUUAGUUUCAUUAACGAUCCGUAGUCAUGGCAAUUAACUUGGCACUCAAUUAUAUUGUAAUUAUAAAAUGAGGGGUGCGUGUUAGCAUUGCUGAUUAAAAACUACAAUAUGACACACAUAUUGUAAUGUUUAUGUAACUUAAAACCGAAUUGAAAAAGUUAGGCAAAAAUAACCAAGCCAUGACAAUCACUGAUUUGGAGAAUUUUUCAAUUCUAUUUUAGAUAAAAUUUUACAAUUAGCAUUUUGUUUACCCGCUGUUUAGUGACUAUACCACCAUAGUCUUCACAUAUCACCCUACAGCAGUUAACCUUUUCUAGAAAAAGGGGAAUAUAUUAGAGCAUAGAUUAUACUCGUGUUUUUUGUGAACCCUGAAACCUACAGCCAUGCCCUGUCUGCUAUCUAGUAAUGUUAGUUUACAGGUAGAUGACACUGAUGCUACAUCCUAUCUGUGUUUCAUUCACCUAUUACUGUGGUCUUUGUCUCGGUCCCAGAUGUUAAUAAUAUAGAUAAUAUAAUAAUAUAGAUUUAGAUUCAUUAAAGGGACACUCUGGGUGCCAAUACACGCACUAUGCAUUUGAUUUUGGUUUUGGCCUCAUUAAUGUGCUGUAUUUUGUUGCACAAAAGAGAAUACGCAAACUAACACUAUUAACAGGUAUGCAUGUAUUCUUAAAGGAAGACUAUAGUGUCAGGAACACAAACAUGUAUUCCUGGCACUAUAGUGUUUAACAUAACUAUUUAGGUCUCCGGUCCCUCUUAGGUCUCAGUAAAAAGGUUUAAAAUUCACCUAUUUUCCCACGCCACUCUGGUCUCGCUGCGUCUGGCUCUGCCUGUUCCUGCCUCCUUGGCUGAGAUCAUCAAACUUAAUAAUCGCAAUUAAAUCCUUUCCCAUAGGAAAGUAUUGGGAGGCUAUUGCACAUGUGCAACAAAAAGCUGAUUUGUCUGAGUGACCGCCACUAGAGAUGUUCCUAGGCAGUAAUGUAAACAUGGACUUCUCUGAAAAGGCAGUUUAUACAUUAAAAAGCCUGCAGGCACACUAAGCUGUAGUGGUUCUGGUGAAUACAGUGUCCGUUUAAGAAUAGUGUUACGAAAUAAAACAUGAUACAUUGUUAGAUCAUCUAAGUGAUACUGUGCCAGUGAUGCUAUCUUUAGUCGGGUUUUGGGUAUCCAUAACAUGUUAAAUUAAUUAAACACAUUUUUAUGUUUGAAUGGAGAGAAAGGAGAGCCAUAAAAUGCAAUAUAUACCUAAAUAAAAGAAGAAUGUAGCGCUUGUAUAUAAAAUCAAUAAAUUGUCGCUUUUUAGCAAUUUCAGAGGUGUUGGUGUGCUUGAAUAACCAGCAGAUAAAUACCUAAAAAGAAAAUAGUUGAAUAUAGUGCAGAUGGUAUAUCACUGGAUAAUAUUUAACGUAAAAAUUAUUUAUAAACUCACAAACAAGGAGCUAUAGACCCAGCUCUAGUUUGCAUCGCUUUUGGAUCCGUUUAGGCGAUCCUCCCCUUUUGGUGUUGCAAAUCUUGUCCUGAGGAGGGGAUAAAAGCAGAAGCGAUUGCGCAGUACUAUUUAUGGGUUUCUUAUUAAAUAAUAAAAAUUCCCAAGUGGGUGCUUACAAGCCCAGAGCCAAACAAUAUGACUCAAUUCACACGUAUUGUGCAGUUAUGGCACUCCCAUCCAUAAAAUGAGGAAUAAAAUGAGGAAUCCAGGGAUCAGGAUCAAAAAAGAAAAUUAAAUAUAUAAUAUUAUUAUUAUAUUCAUUUAUCCAGUUGAAAAAGCCACAGUGUAGUGGCAAAACGUGUUCUGGUAUUAGGCACAUUGUUGCUUUUUUUAUACUUUGUUACAAUAAAUUAAGCUUUUAAUUUUCUUUUUUGAUCCUGAUCCCUGGAUUCAUCAUUUUAUUCCUCAUUUUAUGGAUGGGAGUGCCAUAACUGCACAAUACGUGUGAAUUGAGUCAUAUUGUUUGACUCUGGGCUUGUAAGCACCCACUUGGGAAUUUUUAUUAUUUAAUAAGAAACCCAUAAAUAGUACUGCGCAAUCGCUUCUGCUUUUAUCCCCUCCUCAGGACAAGAUUUGCAACACCAAAAGGGGAGGAUCGCCUAAACGGAUCCAAAAGCGAUGCAAACUAGAGCGGGGUCUAUAGCUCCUUGUUUGUGAGUUUAUAAAUAAUUUUUACGUUAAAUAUUAUCCAGUGAUAUACCAUCUGCACUAUAUUCAACUAUUUUCUUUUUAGGUAUUUAUCUGCUGGUUAUUCAAGCACACCAACUCCUCUGAAAUUGCUAAAAAGCGACAAUUUAUUGAUUUUAUAUACAAGCGCUACAUUUUUCUUUUAUUCAGGUAUAUUUUGUUUGUAUUGUUGGAAAGCAUUAUACGAAUGUUUAGCAGCUAGCUUGAAGUUACUUUUAUACAUUUUGUACAUCAAAAUAUGACUAAAUAAGCGCUGGUUCUUAUCUACAUUUUGUGCAUAAAAUGCAAUAGACUCCUUACUAUCUCUUUUACACUGUUUAUUUCAUUGCUCCUGGGUCCAUGUUUACAACCCUGUUUUUGUUAUUUAUAAGUUGUGUAUUGCUCAUAAAGAGACGUGCUAUCAUUACAGAUUGAUCCGUCUUCGUUGAUUGCAGCCUCUGUCAUGGCUGCCCCCUGUGCUCUUGCCUUAUCCAAGCUGGUCUAUCCCGAGACUGAGGAAUCAAAGUUCAAAAGUGAAGAAGGAGUAAUUCUUGAAAAAGGGUAAUUAAUUGUGAAGCCGACUAAUUUGGCCUCAAAAACUCCUAAUCACAAGCAUUGGGCUGAAGAAUAAGAUUUUUAUAUAUAUAUAUAUAUAUAUAUACAGAUUUUAUUUUUGUUUUAUGUACAAUCUCUUUAUUUUACAUGUUUUCUAUUUUGUAUCUUAUUACCCUCACAUACUGCAGCUCACGUUUACAUUUACUGGACAAACUCAGUUUAUGAUUAUCUAUAUAUCUGUGAACAAGCUGUAGAACGAGAAGAGACUAUAAUUAAGUUCCAGUGAUUUAUGUGAUCCAUGACCAUCAUAUUUAGACAAAGAACGAUUUGUUAUUAGGGGAUCAAUGAGAAUCCUUGCUAGCUUUCUGCUUGUCUGGGGGGACAUCCUGACCCCUUAUGGUUAUUUAGUGGUCCUAGGAACUUGGGGAACUGGGUUUCUUUCAAUGCUUGUCCCAAUCAUAUAGUAAGUCGUUAAUCUCUAAAAUAGCAGUUACUGUUGUUACCAGCAGUUUCUAUGCUACAAAACUUAUCAUUUAGUGGCUGGUAAUUUAUGAUCGCAAAAUCCUUCCUACCGAGAUUAAUAGUAGACGAUAAAACACUAAGUACUUGCUGGUUUCCAUGUUAGAUGGAUCAAAAUUACCACCUGUCGCAAUUGAACUACAAAUUUCAUAUUCUUCAUGUAGGUGUAAAAAGUCAAGUUAAUGAGUGCAAACUCUCAUUACAGUCCAUAUUAAAUAUAUAUAUAUAUAUAUAUUUAUUCUAUAUUUAAGUACAAUAAGCACUUAGCAUGACAUAUGUAAUUUUCAAUACAUACUUUAGAAAUUUGACAAGUGACGUGUACCGAAACACUAAGUGCAGUUCACUCAGGUCAUCGCAGGUGACGUGCACAUGUGCUGAGCAAACCUUUAUAGUGUCAUAGUGGAGUUAUUAUGGUCAUAAUUUGGUAAAUGCACCUUUUUCUUGAUUAUUGUAAAAUGGGUAAUGCUAACUGGUAGUCGGGAUUAGAAUUUAAACAAAGGAAAGGACAAGGAAAACUGCUGGGAUUUUUUUUAUCUGCAAACAUUUAUUGGCUGUUACUAUUAUCAUUAUCCUAAUUGCUGAUUUUUAAUCCCAAUGCAUUUGAAGGGACACUAUAGGCAGCCAGACCUCUUCAGCUCAUUGUCAGUUGAACCCUGCAAUUGUAAUUAUUGCUGUUAUUGAUAAACUGCAAUAAUUACCUUUGAGGGUUAGCUCCACCUUAUACCCCAUAGGAAAGCAUUGAUUUAAUACUUUCCUAUUGGGUAGUCCUGAUGCAAUCGCGCCGAUCUCCGCACAUGCGCAUUAGGUCCCCAACGUCGGCGGACCCAGUGCUGAGGGAAAUCGGUGCUGGAUUAAAGUAACAGACAAAAUAUAAUUUUGGACUCCUAGCACUAUAUUUUCCCUUUAACUUAAUUUUGUUUGUGUGUGUCGGUUGAUAUUGUGUAGCAGCCUCCGAUGAGAUGCAUUGAAUAAAUACAUAUUUAGCAAAUUUCUGCUAUUGAUUGCAAAUAUAAUGUACCUUCCGCCAUGAACAGAAACUAUUUCUAAUAUGACAUGCACUGUUAUUAUUUCAGAGAAGAGAGGAACUUGUUAGAAGCUGCCAGUAAUGGAGCAUCUGCCUCUGUGGGGCUAGUAGCCAACAUCGCAGCCAACCUGAUCGCAUUUAUUGCUUUGCUUCAGUUUGUUAAUGCUGCCUUCUCGUGGCUGGGAGGAAUGGUCAAUUACCCUGAGCUCACUUUACAGGUGAGAAAACGGAAGUCGUUAACUUUAGAAAUGGCAACAUAGAACUUGAAAAUUAAUUAACUAAGAGAGAAAAAAAUGUUUCACGGUGUUAGAAUUUUUAAUAUAUGUCAUUUAUAUAUAUAUAUGUGUCCUAGCAACAAAAAGUGUCAUUUAUCGUGUUCCGUCCAAGGAUUUUCCUUUUCUUAGUGCAUACAUACAGCCCAAAUACGUUCUAAGUGUAAUUAAAUGCAAGGUCUUCACAGUUUGUUGUGGACGUAUCUCUCUAUUAAUAGUUGUUGUUUGAUUAAUUCUCCAUCGCUAGCUGAUCCUCUCCUACAUCUUCAUGCCCAUCGCAUUCAUGAUGGGUGUAGAUUGGAAUGAAGCAGACAUGGUUGGGGAGUUGCUGGGAACCAAGAUCAUAUUAAAUGAAUUUGUGGCUUACCAAAGACUGGCAGAGUAUAAGAGCCUCCGACUGACAGGUGUUGAAGAAUUUAUUGAUGGACAAAAGCAGUGGAUAUCGGCAAGUAGACUGUAUUUUUUUAGUUUGCUCAUAAAAAUAACUUCAUGUUCUCUUUAAUGUAUCUUUCCAGCCCAGUCUUGGUUAUCUCCACCAUCCUCUACGAAAAAAAAAAAAAAAGUACCUUGGUAACAUAAAACAUAGGCUCUGUGUUCCUUCCGCGAGCAGGCUGGUCACGUGUGGCAAUGCUCCGAUACGGUGCUGUGCUUGCAGUAGGACAGGAGAGUAAGCCUGCACACACACACACACUGCACCCCACACACACACUGUACCCCCCCGCACACACAGAAAAAAAAUAGAAUAGAAAAUAUUCUACUUUUGGAAAAAUAUAGAUACAUUUGAGUACUUUUUCUUUUUUUUUAAAUAACCCUCUUUUCUAAAAAAAUUAAAUAUUUGCACUAUAAAAUUAGUUACUGGGCACUAGUGGGCGGUAAGGAAGUUUUACCAUCAACAAAGAUACAAAAGUGGGCGGCAGGUAUUAAAAGGUUGACUACCCUUGAUCUAAACCAAUGAAACGCUUAUUUGGAUUCUAUCAACUGCCGAUAAAACAUAUCAUUUUAAUUAAAUCAAUGCCUAGCUAACAAAAAAUACAGCUGCUGUUUUUCCAUUUGAGAAAUUAUCCUUACGACUCACUGAAUGAAACACAACGUAUGUAAGAAUAUCAUAAAAUAUCUAUUUUACAUUUUCUAAUAUCCAACAUAAAAAUAUAUAUUUAAUAAUCAAGCGCUCAGUGCAGCAUUCGUGUAAGAAAACUAUAAAUUGUGGUUUGAAAUAUUGACUUUCUAUGUCUCUCACUUUUUUUUUUUCUUACUGUGAUUUGCAGGAACGAGCUGAAGUCAUCUCCACGUUUGCCCUUUGCGGGUUUGCUAAUGUCAGUUCCAUUGGAAUCAUGUUGGGGGGACUGUGUAAGUACUCUGUGUUGUGCAUGUAUAGAUGGACUAUGUACUGGCUGUAUAAAUUGUGUUGCUAUCGAAGGGCUGCACUAGUGCUGAGUGUUUUCUUGCUAUAAAUGGACCAAAUAAAUGAUAUAAGUGUUACUAUAGAUGUACUCUGUAAGUGGUUUGUGUUUAUUCUGUCCCACCCUACGUCUUUGACACUUUUUAAUUAGUGCAGAGAAAUACAGUCUGAGGUCAGGGCCCUCUUAACAGCAUUAUUGGCCCCCUGGGGCAAAGUACAACCACUUACAGGAAUAAAAAUUUAAAUUAUUGAUAACAUUAAGCCUAUAUUUAUUGGUACCUCCAACAAAAUCAGUGUUUAAACAUUAAAAAACAUGCUGUACUGCAGAAAUUAAUCCACACAAACGUUUGGACAAUAUAACAUGAACCGUUGAAAAAUGGUGGGUUAGUGCUUAGUGAAAGUGGAGGUUAUUACUUGUUGUGGAUAUGAGUGGGUGAGACACAUGGAGGGGUUGGGAGAAACACAUGGAGCGGUUGGGGGUGGGAGAGAUACCUGGGGCAUGGGAGAAACAUGUGGAGAAACUUGGGGUGGAGUGAGACAUUUGGAUGAACUGAGGGAGGCCAUGAAACGUGUGGAGGGGCUGGGGGAGACAAUGAAACAUGUGGAGGAGCUGUUGGGGUUGAAAUGAGACACGUGGAGGAAGUGGGGGAGGGAAUGAGACACAUGUUGAGGGACUGGCAGGGGAAAAUGAGACACAUGGAGGGGCUGGCAGGGGGAUAAGACACGUGGAGGGGCUUGGUGGGAGGGAUAAGACACAUGGGAGGAGCCCAGGGCAAUUUUCGCACCAGGCCCGCUGGUUUCUAGUUACGUCUCUGAUCACAUGCAUGAUUUAAUUUUCUGAAUAGCAAUAAUACCCCAAAUUGUUUUACAUCACAGGUACCCAAGCCCCAUAAAGCAUGUGCCUCUCUUUGAUUAUCACACAAAUGCUUGAAUCUAAUAUAUGACUGUUUGACUCUGUUCUAUAUGUGAGUGUUGAUUGGUUACUUAUAUUUCAGCCACCAUCGCUAUGGACAGAAAAAGUGACCUUGCCAAGGUGGUGCUUCGAGCAUUGAUGACUGGCGCAUGUGUCUCUUUCGUCAAUGCUGCCAUAGCUGGUAAUUAGAAUGAUGAAAUUACAAGUUAAUGAUGUUGAAUAUUGUGGUAUAGGUGACUGUUUUAAAUACAAAUGUAUGAAAGCAAUAUUGUAACCACUUCAAAGCACACAAAUACAAAUUUUUAGUUUUUUUUUGUAAAUAAUCUCCAACACUAAGCACAAGGAGUAUAUUGUGGUGAUAUAUUGCCAACUUAUUAAUCUUGGUCCAGUGUUAACUCAUCUUUUAAUUUAGAAACUCAAAUAUUGUUCCAAAUCUUAGGCUGAAAGACAGGAUUCUGAUACAUAAUUGAUGUAUCAUAGACUAUAUGACUAAUUACUUUAUGACUAAUUGACUAAUGACUAUAUGGACUAUUCUAGUGAUCUACAAAAACAGCUUGAUUAGUUCUUAGAUACCAUUCAAGAAAGUUUUAGAUCUCAUGUGCUUUUACUGUGGGAACAAUUUGCAUAUCAGGCUGGUCCAAACCAGGAGGGCAGUCAGGACUGAAAUGUCAAGCCAGUUCUCUCUAGAGAACUAGCCAAAACAUAAUCUGAGAUCAUUAUAUUGGGUCUCCUUGGUGUGGUAGGCUUAUUAGGAUUGGACAAUAGCUUGCCUGAUGUACAAAAUCACCAUAAUGUCGCAUUUGCUCAGUGGGACCUCCAGAUAAGUAUUAAAAAUGAGUUUAUUAUAAAUUCGUUUUUUAAAAAUAUGGUGGGACAGUAUCUGUCCUACAAUUGCUAGAUCAUUAGGUGUGAUUUAAACGUACGGUUCAGUCUUUUUGUCAUUGGUAACUCAGGGAUUCUGUAAUCCAAAACGGCUGAUGACAUUCUGUGACAACAGGAUCCUAAAAACCUCAACGUCUGCAUGAAAUAUGCCAUGUAUCUUCAUCAGUAACUGUAAGGCGCCCUGAAAAUAAUUUGGACCUACAAUGUCAGAUUUGAAUCUCCACAUAGUGAAACUAUUUUGACAACAGUCGAAAAUUGGCCCUUAGUAUGAUAGAUUCCACUUCUAGACAUAGGAAAACAUUUUAAACCUGGGGUUAAUGAAGGAUGGAAAAGUGGUGGAUUUUGUGCAAUACUCCUGUGUAUGUCUGCUUUUUUACAUUGUGGCUUGAUUGCUUUUGGGGCGCACUUCUCUGAACAUGUAAUAUAUUUGUGAUUAGGAGAACUGCAUAAAUAUAAAAACCAACAUUCAGUUUAACAGUUUAGAGCGUUCCUUUAACACUAUCUAUGCUGAAGUGCCGUAGGUGUCUGGAGUGUCUUUUUAAUAAAAUAAAUCUUAGCUGCAGAAAGUGUUUCUAUCCAAAAAUACUGAGAGAUUGGGUAACUUACAUAUUUAUUUAUUUUAGGAAUUUUGUACAACCCGCCUCAAUUGGAUUGCUUGGGUUUCUUUAGCCAAGGGGGUGCUUUGAAUCAGAGCUACAGUCUCUAUGCCUGCUGUGAGGACAUUUUUGGAAGGUGAGUGAUGUUUUCUAUUAAUUAGUAUGCAUUAGAAAUGGGUCAUUCACUUUUACUCUGUCUGUCUGUCUUUCUGAUCACUGGAUACUGCCGUAUAGGGCCAGAUGGGGCAGUGCUCCCUAGGCUGGAUUUACACAUCAGGUGCCUCUAGGAACAUCAUUCUAAGGUGCCCCUGCUGCCCUCCUAAAAAAUAAUUAUAGAACAGAUACACUGAGUUUAUUGACUUUAUUAACUAGUCACUGCAGGCAUAAAAAACAUCUAACAAAACAUAUAUUGAUAUUUGACAACUGCAUAUGUCACUAUGUAUGCCCAUAUUCCUGCUUUGAAUGUGUUGUGUUAACAACUCUAUAGAUAGUGAGUGUAUGCAGCUGUGUAAAUGCAAAGUUAAAGGAUCACUGAUUCACUAUAGGGCCAGGAACACAAACUUGUAUUCCUGACCAUAUAGUGUUAACACCACCAUCUAGCCCCCCGGGGCCCUCAUGCCUCCAUAAAUAUAGUAAAAAUCUUACUGUAUUCAAGCCUGAAGCUGUAAAUCUGCAUGCUGUUAGACUCAGAAAAACAAGCAGUCUGCUGACAUGUGGUAGCCUGAUCCAAUCACAGUGCUUCCCCAUAGGAUUGGCUGAGACUGACAAGGAGGCAGAUCAGGGGCAGAGCCAGCAUGAUUCAAACACAGCCCUGGCCAAUCAGCAUCUCCUCAUAGAGAUUAAUUGAAUCAAAGAAUCUCUAUGAGGAAAGUUCAGUGUCUGCAUGCAGAGGGAGGAGAUACUGAAUCACAGGUUGCUGUGCACAGUGCUGCCCUGUGCUCUGCUGACAGCAGAUCAGAGUGGAUGGAGGCAUAUUAUGCCUCCAUCAACUCCGAAGUCCCUCCGGUUCACUCUGAGUGACUGCAACUGGAGGUGUUCCUAGCUUUCAAUGUAAACAUUGUAUUUUCAGAAAUAGUAUGUCAUCUGUCUAUAAACGCUGUCAGGAUUAGCUGAUGCCCAACAUACAGAACUUAAGCAAAAAUUAAUGAAAAUCCUAAGACGUAUUACCGGGCCUUAGAAUGGCCGGGUUUAACAUAUAAAAGAAAAAAACCACAAGACAGGAUAUGGACAAGAAUGCAGAAAUCACUGAAACAAUGAACAAGCCAAGGGUCAGGGAAUAUAGAAGUCAGAAUAGUCAGGAGCCAAGACAAAGGUCAAGGAAUACAGAGAUCGGAUAGUCAGAAGGAAAGCCAAAUACACUAGAUUCAAUACAACGAACGCGCUCUCGGAUAACCACAAUGGAAACCACGACAGGGCACAGAGAAAUGGACAAAAAAGAUAUAUAUAGCCUAAGGUGCUCCCUGAUUCGCUGCUGGGAAGCAUGUGAUAGUGGACGUGUGUGACACACCCACACGUUCAAAAUGGAAUGGUACUCUAAGGGUUAAUUACAAACCCUUAAAAGCAUCUAAUCUGCAGCGGCCGGCAUCUCUAAUGAUUGCAGACCCGGCUGUGUGAGGGGGAGGAGCUAUCGUCAGGAGCUUAGGUGAGUGAUGGGCAGCAUUCCCAUUACCACGUGGGAAUGCCGCCAGACCGAGAUAUGCCUGUCGUGUCCCAAUCCGCUCCCGGGCAUGAGCAGACCCGGCGGGUGUCUGCAGGACAGGUAAGGAUCCGGCGUCAUUCACCUUGACGUGUGGGAAUGCCGCCGCAACGAUGCGCGCCCGCCUGGACCCAUACCGCUCUCUGGCAGGAGCGGACCCGGUGGGCGGCGUGAAAAAUGCACAGCACCAGGCAAGUUAGAGUGAUUGGAAAACAGCACCUUCCUCCCUAAACACACUCAAAAUGGCAGUUAACAAAACGUAUAGAGGAAGAGUAAGGAGUAAUUUACUUUAAAAAAUCAAAUUACAUGAUUUAAAAAACCUAACUACAUGAAAUGAAGCGUCAUUUUCUACUACAAAACAUAAUGUUGAAAAAUUAACUGUAAGCCCACCUAUAGCUAUCGUCAUGAAUCAUGGGCAUGGCCGGAUUUCACAUUAGGUAGAGUAGACACCUGGCAGCACUUGUAAUGUGCCCUUAUGAGCUUGGAUAUGCUGGUGGGGAGAGAUAAGUACCAGAAGCCUGGGCCAGCAUCCUCUGUAGUCAAGUCAGCCUUAAUAACAGAGUUGCAGGAACAUUUAUUGAGGGCGUAAAACUCAGUGCUGUCCCGGGUCCUCCAGUGUCUGUGUGUGAGGCUAGACAGGAAGUGGAAGGGAUCACUUCCCAUCUGCCGACUAUCAGCCUCUCACACAGGAAAUGCUUUGCAGGGGAAGCUUCCGUAAUGCGUGAUAUAUAACCACUCCUACAGCUCUAAUAUCAUCAUUUAGUUCUCAUGCUUUGUUGUUAAUUGUUUGGUUGCUUGUCUUUUAUUUUGUAUUGUCAAUACAGUGCUGAAGUUCAAAAUGGAAUACUUUCAUUUGGAGGUAAAUGGCAAAAUGUUACUUCCUCUCCCCUGUAUCUACAAAACUGCUGUAUGUUUUACAACAACACGGACUGCACUGGCUUGUAACCAGCAGCUGCCAAGGUUUUAGCUAAUGGACAAACAAGCUGGAUUCUUUAUACAUGGGACGGACAGACGUGCCUCACACGAUGACAUUAUUGGGAAUUAUAAGAAACCUUUUACUUUCGACAAGCAUGGACGAUAACACUUCAACAAUUCCUCUGACCAUGUACUACUGUUAUUACAAUAAUUCAAAGGAUGAACAGGACUUCAUACAGUGUAUUUGGAUUCAGUACCCGAUAUCAGAAUAUUUGUUUUUUAUUUAAUAUUUCCAUUACUUUGGUGACAUGCAGCAAACUUUCUUCACCCAUCCUACUUAUUAAUAGAAGUUAAUUUUCAUUGCUUAAUUCAUAUUCAGGACUUUACUAUUGCAGCUCACUAUGGUUACUACAAUAAAUUUGUUUUACCUUUUCAGGAACCAACUAUUUGAAGAUAUUCUUUAGCCAUUUAUUGCACUGCAGUCACUGUUUUGUCAUAGUAUGAAAUUACCACUCAGCAAAUAUUCUACUGUCUCUUGAAUAAGUGGUUUACUUUCAGAUGGACAGAUUUUAACUUGUGAUUUGAGAUAAAAUGUUUUCUUAAACUUAGGCCAACCAAAGAAAGCCAGGUCUAUGUUCCUUGUUCAAUCAACACAGCUUCCAUUCUGUACCCUCUUCCACUUUUAACUCCUUCCCCCCAGUCUCUGAACAAGAGGUCUCGAAACUUCUUCUGUCCUCUUCAUCGCCUUCCCUGAUCCAAUCUAAGUCCCCUAGACUGGUUCCUUUCCUAAUGCAUAUUUCAACCUCUCUCUGUCUACUGGCAUCUUCCCCUACUUCCUUAAAUAUGCAAUCAAAAAUCCCUUCCUAAAAAAAGCAAUCUCUUGACCCCACUUCUCCUUCUAACUACCAUCCAUAUUCCUACUCCUCUUCGCUUUUAAGCUUCUGACUUGUGUUAAUUGUGAAACUAACUUUCUCAGUGCUAACGGCAUAUUUGGCCUAUUCCUCCCCUCUGACAUGCAUUAAUUCCUCUUGUGUGUCUAUACCCCUCCCUCGUAGAUUGCAAGCUUGUUUGAGCAGGGCCUUCCUACCUCUUGCCUCUGUUAAUAUUUGGUAUGUCAACUACAUGUUGCCAAUUAUCCCCAUUUUAUCACUAUAAAGUUCUGCGGUAUAUCUUGGCGCGAUAUAAAUAACAAUACUACUAAUAUUAAACAGAUGCCCACAUCACGUUUCUCUGCUUGACGAGGUUUUCAAGUUAGCCCCGAACCUAUCAGAUUAAGAAGAAAAUCAGUGAAUCUCAAAUCAUCUAUAGUGCUGUCCAAGGAGCCAUUAGGCUGUGUUUACUUCUUCUAUAUGUCCUAUUACUGAACAUGGAACACAUAAUCUUAUAGCUCUAAAAGUUAAUCAAUUCACAGUCCCUUAAUGUGUCCCUUAAUUCACUGGAGUCAUAAUUCACAGGAUGUGAUGCCUUAAGUUUGGAACGGAUUUAUUUUUUUGGUAUGGGGUUUUCAAAAAAACCACAUGAACAGAAUUACAGUGAUAAUCUAGAACCAAUAUUGAGGCAUCAAAGAAAUUCAAUGAACAUGCGUUAUCCCCUCGAGUGGCAGGUCGUAGACAAGGUGUUAUGAAAUAAUACACUGCACAUCUCCAUGGCAGUCAAAGUCAUUGUAAAUAAAUCAAUUUGUUUAUUUAACAGCAACUAUAAUUAAAAAAGUGCAAUCAUUUUCUUGAGCUACUUUUUACAAUUUUAUAGGGUUUAAAAUAAUUUUGUGAAUAUGAAUUAAAAUAUAAUUUAUUAUCUUUAAUGCAUUUGUAUUUGUAUUUAUCCUACUCAUUUGAUGUUAACCAAUCAUCCAAUCAAACUUGCAGAUUUAGCUACCUUAUUUUUUGCAGAGAGAGUAGGAGAUUACAAGUUUGCCGUGAAAUUCAGCAAUUUUGCUACCAAUGACAGGACUACAAAUCAAUAGAUGGUCUUCUAUCGGUGGUUUCAUGCUCUCUG